ACCAUUUCCGGUCCAAACGAAUCGAUUUUUGCACGCCUGCACGCAAAACCGGCUGACGGCGCGAAGUGUCCGCGGUUGUGAAGACGAAGAGCUCGCCGUUAAAGUUGUCGCCGUCGAUUCUUUUCUCGGCGUCGCCGUUAAUCUUCUACCAAAGAGGCGCAGCUUCUCCCCGUUCUCCUCUACUUAUUGCCUACCGUUUUCUUUAUCCGACCUCCUGAGGUUGGCUUUGGCGAUGGUUUUGCGGCGGCGAGGGAUCUCAUGACGACGCUCUCAGCGAUCACGUCCAACGAGCUGAAUUUUCUGGUUUUCCGCUACCUGCAGGAGUCGGGUUUCACACAUGCUGCAUUUGCUUUGGGAUAUGAGGCUGGAAUCAACAAGACAAGUAUAGAUGGCAACAUGAUUCCGCCAGGUGCUCUUAUUACAUUUGUGCAGAAGGGACUUCAGUAUAUAGAGUUGGAGGCAAACUUGGAAAGUGACAAGUUAGAGGGUGAUGAUGACUUCUCUUUUCUACAACCUUUGGACCUUAUAACAAAAGAUGUUAGUGAGCUACAAAGAAUUAUGAAAGAUAAGAAGCAGAAUCUUCUAAAGGAGCGAGAAGCUGAGAAAGAAAGGCGUGAAAAAGAUAGAGAUAAACAAGAAAGGGAUAGGGAUAAAGUGGAAAAGGUUAAAGAGCUAGAAAGAGAGAAGGAUAGGGAAAAACAACAUAAGGAUCAAAAAGAAAGUUUUGCUGAAGACCUUGAUGAUAACAAGGCAAAGGGAAAAUCUGAAGAAAAUGGAGUUUGUGGUGGUCCCGAACCAAUGGAUAUAACUCCUACCCCACAGUUAGUGGCAUCUGAUAUUCACAGUUCUGAAGUAACCAUCCUGGAAGGCCAUGGUUCUGAGGUUUUUGCUUGUGCAUGGAGCCCAACAAGUUCACUUCUAGCAUCCGGGUCUGGGGACUCAACAGCACGCAUUUGGACCAUUCCUGAUGGUCCAUGUGGCUCUAAUAUGCUACCUCCUCAAGUGCAUGUCUUGAAACAUUUCAAGGGUAGAACAAAUGAGAAAAGCAAAGACGUAACCACGCUAGAUUGGAAUGGUGAAGGAACAUUGCUUGCAACCGGAUCUUAUGAUGGACAAGCAAGAAUUUGGAGUAAGGAUGGGGAGCUAAAGAAUACUUUAGCAAAGCAUAAAGGUCCAAUAUUUUCGUUGAAAUGGAAUAAGAAAGGUGAUUUUCUUCUCAGCGGAAGUGUUGAUAAAACAGCUAUUGUGUGGGAUACAAGGACAUGGGAGUGCAGGCAACAGUUUGAAUUUCAUUCAGCUCCUGCUCUUGAUGUUGAUUGGAGAAAUAAUGUUUCUUUUGCAACAUGUUCCACCGAUAACAUGAUUUAUGUCUGCAAGAUUGGGGAGGGACGCCCAGUAAAAGCAUUUGCAGGGCACCAGGGUGAAGUCAAUGCUAUCAAAUGGGAUCCAAGUGGCUCUUUGUUAGCUUCUUGCUCUGAUGAUGGAACGGCAAAGAUAUGGAGCCUGAAGCAUGAUAAAUGUCUGCAUGACUUCAGGGAUCACCUUAAGGAAAUAUAUACAAUUAGAUGGAGCCCCACAAGCUCGGGCACAAAUAACCCUAAUCAGCAGCUAAUAUUGGCAAGUGCUUCCUUCGAUUCGACUAUUAAGCUAUGGGAGGUGGAGCAUGGUAGUCUCUUGUACAGCCUGAAUGGUCAUAGGCAACCUGUAUACUCUGUUGCCUUUAGUCCAAACGGUCAGUUCCUGGCUAGCGGUUCGCUUGAUCAAUGCCUUCACUUAUGGUCUGUGAAGGAAGGGAAGCUAAUCAAGACAUAUAGUGGUGGUGGUGGUAUUUUUGAAGUCUGCUGGAACAAAGAAGGUAACAAAAUAGCUGCUUGUUUCUCUAACAGCACAGUUUGCGUUAUUGAUUUCAGAAUGUAGGCUUGGCUCUGAAUCCAUUCGUUAAGCUUUCUUAGGCUAACUAUAACUUCGUAGUAGUUUAGCUUCUCCAAUGCAUCUAUAGCUGUAUUGAAUGUAUUUAUACUUCCUUACUUGUUCCUGAAGACAGUUAGAGUUAAGAGUAAUUUUAUGGUGGCCACAUUUGGAGAAA